AUGAACACACGAACACAUCAGGAACACGAACAAGUAGCAGGAUCGGAGCAGUCGUGUCGCGGGGUCAUGUGGUCGGGCAGUCGGGGUUGUCGUGGGUCGCGACUUGGUGUCGGGCUGGUCUCGCCGGUGGGGUCGGAACGUCGCGGCGAUCCUCGACUGGCGUCGCGGUGGGUCCGACUGGCUGAGGUCGGCAGUCUGUCGGCUUCGGAUGAUCACGGGAUUGAUGAAUAUAUCCAACAUGCCAACUCAGAGGAGCAAUUUACCAGCAGCAAUGCUGGCUUCAGAAACCCCUCAACCACUCAAAGAGAGAACAAUAAUUCUAACUCCAUGCAGUCCAACUCCAGAUUUAUACCUAGAGACCCAGCCAGCAUUCCUGAUACAGCCAUCAUUAAUCACUCAAAUCCAACCCCUCAGAAUUGCAUACCUGAUACAGCCAUCAUUUCUCGCUCAACUCCAACCACUCAGAAAUUAGCCCCUGUCAUCCCUUUAACCUUGUCUCUCCCUUUACCCGCUCUGAAAACUACCAUCCCUCAUAACCUUCAAAACACGCCCCUGAGCUCCAAGAUGGAUACAGAAGCCUAUAACUCUCAUUUUCCUUCUGAACCAAAUAUCACCAACCCAGAGAUAACUAUUGUGCCAUCUCAACCUGAAAGGAAAAAGAGCAAUCCUUGCUCUCACCCAAUCAGGCCCCAGCCAAAUUCCAACAUCCUCAAGGUGAAGGACUUAAUUGAUGUUACUGGGAGGAACUGGAAGAAGAACAUUAUCCAAGAGCUCUUCAAUGAGGAGGAGCAAGCAGCAAUUCUCAAAAUCACAAGUCUGCAGCCAGGGGAAGAGGACAGAUUGGUUUGGCUCUGUGGGAAAAAUGGAAAGCACUCAGCGGUUGCCUCAUAUGAUUAUCUGGUGAAUGAGAAAUGGAAACAGCUUGAUAUAGCUGAACCAAGUAAAGGGCAAGCUGAAGUCAUGAAGAUGAGGAAGAGGAUGUGGAAACUGAAUAUCAAAGGGAAGAUUAAGCACUUCCUUUGGAAGUGUGUGAAUAACAUUUUGCCAGUCAACACUUGCAUUGCAAAGAGGGGAAUUCAUAUUGAUGCCAAAUGCCAACUAUGUGGAGAGGAGCCUGAAACAGUCUACCACAUGUUCUUCACUUGUCCUAAGACCAUAUUGAUCUGGAAGCUGGCACCCAUUCAAUGGGAUGGCUUAGAUCUCCAUGCUGAAAAGCUGGCUGUGGUGAAUGUAGCUGUGGAAGAGUGGCUGGAAUUCAUCAAUGUGCAGAGCCUUAGAGUCUGA